AUGUUAACACCGAGGCCUAGAAUCGGCACAGUCGGCGAAGCGGUCAUGGUUGAAGUCAAUUGUUGGGACUUCGAAGUAGCUGACGUUCAAAUCCACCGAUAUGACAUUCAACCAAUGCAACCGCAAGAGGUGACGGAAAAUGGGAUUAACCAGUUGAAAUUGCAUGAAAAAUUCUUGCUCAAGUACAUGAAAUUUGUUUACAAUUUGAUGGAUGAUGACGUGUUUUCAGAUGCAAAUCGAUUCUGCUUUUCACUGGAACCCCUUGAAAGAAAAUUCACUCUCUCAGAACCACAAUAUUUAGAUGUGUAUGAAGGUGAAAGAAAAUUGAGAUUAAAAUAUGUUAUUAAGAAAUUGAGAACAAUAUCAGCCCAAUCUAUUAAACAGUACAUGGAGAAUCCUAAUUCAAUGAGAGAGGAAACUCCUCAGAAAGCAAUCAAUAUGCUAGACAAUCUUUUCCGUUGGGUUAAUAGAAAAAUCUUUGAAAUUUUCCUGAAUGGGGUGUAUUUAAGAGAUCCUGAAAAGAUAUGUUCAAAUGGCCUUUACAGCAUUUAUAGGGAUACGGGCAAAUCCUUCUCAAAGGUAUUAACAAUGUUUAGCUUAUCGGAUAAAACAGCGGAUGAGAUCAUUAUCAAAGCAUUUGAUAUGUCUGUAACAGAAUAUUUUACAAGGAAGUAUGGCAUAGUUUUGAAGUAUCCUAAUCUCCCUUGUGUUCGGAUCGAGAAAAACAGAGAUGAGUUUAUGCCAAUGGAAUUGCUAACAGUCUUGCCAUUUCAAAAAGCACGAGAAGAUAAAAGACGUAUUGCCUCUGAGGUUACUCGCAUAGCUGCAGUUAAACCCUCAGAACGAUUUAGGGAUUUGGAGAGGAUGGUAAAGCAAGUUAUGUCAUUGCGCAGUUCGUUGAUAUCAAAAUUGAAUUUAAAGUUCACAGACCCGAAGCCAGUUCGAGUUGUGGCUCGAGAAUUGCCCCAACCAAAUUCUCGAUUUUUUAAUGGCACACAAGAGAUGAAACGAGGCUCGUGGAGUCAUGAACCCUUCCUUGAAUCUGCCUCUACUUUCCUUAAAUGGGUCAUUGUUGUUUUGCAUCCGUUCAAGAUUAGGAAUGUUGAUUGGCUUCGAAAAGAGCUUCCAAUGGCUGCCCAAAAGUCUGGACUUGAAAUGGAUAGGAAUUCAGAAUUGGGAGGCUCGAAUUGGCAAGUCAGUCAAUUAUCAGAUUGGUGGGGAAAGGAGAUCAUCAUGGUUGCCGGUGCUGACGUAACACAUCCAACUUCUAAAAACGGAGGCCUUCGAAAAUCUGUUGCAGCAGUUGUGGCCUCGAUUUCUCCAGACCUGGUGAAGUAUGCUGCAGUGGUGAGACAACAGGAACACAAAUUGGCCAGUGAGUGCAUAAAUGGAAUGAAGGACAUAUUUACUGACCUUUUGGAUGGACAGUUCUAUCAAGUGCUGGAGUCAGAGCUUGGAGAUAUUCAAGAAGCUUGUACUGAUAUUCGACCUGGAUAUGAACCUGGAAUCACCUUUAUUGUUGUGCAAAAGCAUCAUCACAUUCGUUCCACUCCUAUUUCUGAGAAAUCACAAAAUAUCUCUCCAGGAACAGUAGUGGACUCAGAGAUCACUCACAACAGAGAAUUUGACUUCUACCUUUGCUCGCAUAAAGCUAUUCAAGGCACUUCAAAGCCGGCUCAUUACACUGUACUUUAUGAUGAUAACGACUGGGAUUCAGACGAUCUCCAAUUGUUCACUUACUUCUUGUGCCGUGCUUCUAUGCGUUCCAAUCGAACCAUUUCCUACCCUACGCCGACCUACUAUGCACAUUUGGCGGCUUUCCGAGGUAGAAGUUGGCUCAAAGAUGCCCUGAAUCCUUCGGCUUUUCUGAAAAAUAGCAAGUUUGCAAUUGUCGAAGGACAAAAAGACUUGAUGUUCUUUCUGAAGUCUCUUUACUUAGAUUAA